AUGAGAUCCCUGUUGUUGUGCACAGACGAGAACAACUGCAUGCACAACAAGCCUCCAUUCACUUCUUCCAGCGGCGCCAGGCUUCUGACCCCGAUCCUGGCCGGAUCGCCCAAUUCGUUGUAUCAAUUCGGGGCCUCCAGUCUCACUCUGCCUGACCUUCAACAAUCUCUCCUCGGCAUGUCGAUGCGACAUGUCGGAUCCUGUCUUCCGCCAUGCGGAUUCAAGCCUCCCUAUUCGCAUAGGCCCAACUCGGCCCAUGAACAUUGCAAAAAAGAACCCAUUCUUCCGUCCACCGGCACUUUGGACCUUCCAUCCGAGCCUGAAUUGCCUCUCGACCCAAGUCACCAGACCACUGGUCCCGUCGGCCAUCUCCACGAACAGGCACAGGCUCUACCCCUGCUGUAUGGCAACGAUGAACAUGCCAUGGCAACAACAUCAGACGGUCAACUGAGCUACAAGAGCCUCCUGACAAAAGCGACAUCCAGCAAGUCUGGUCUGAGCGUUCAAUCACCAUCCUCCUACACUCUUUCACCCGCCAACUCGUGCAAUCUGACACAUGAAAUCGGCGCCCACAACAACCACAACAACCACAACCACAACAAUACCAACAAUGGAUUG